UUCUCCCCAUCGGAGAAGAGAGAGAAAAACCAUUUUCUCCCAUUCAACCAAUAUUAGAAAAAAAUAAAAAAACAAGGUAAAUCCUCUUCUCUUCUUCUUCUUCUCUGUGUUCUAGGGUUUUCUCUUCCGCCAUUGCUGAUCUCACCCGAAGCUCCAACGCGCUCUUCUCUACAGGCAUUGCUCUCAAAUCAUCUCUAUUCCCCAAUUCCCUUAUUUCUCCCUCCUUUUUUUAGGGUUCUCAAAGCUCUCUCGCUGAACCCGUUUUUUCGCAGUUCGAGAUAUACUAUUUUUUUUUCCUCUCAAUUGUAUGUUCCCCUGGAAGUGGGAGAAUGCAAGUCAUGGCUAGGCUUCUGGCUGCUGCAAGAUUUUCUCAAACCAUAGCAGAUGACUUUGCCCGUCAGAGGUAUGCUGCUGAUUAUAUUUGUAGAGAACUACGUGAGGCAGAUGAAGCAAAUUUGCUUCCUGAAAAAGAUAUGCAUGUCUAUGGGGAGAGGCCCAUGACUGAUCCCUUGCAGCUGGUACGCUGCAACAAUUGCAAGAAACCAAUCAAGGACAGCCAAUUUGCUUCUCAUGCAGAACUUUGUAGGUCAUUAAAGCUCACAGAACAAACUAGCUUGGAGCUUGAUGGCAGCACAGGGAAUCGAAAACCUCCAAGGAAAGAAAAGAAAAAGUCAUCAACUUCUUGUGCAACUACUGCAGUUGGGGAGCGGAGAAGGUCUGAGUCUAUGGAUAAUAUUCACACUGUUGUGUCACAAUCCCAAUUGAACAGUCAAAUCUGCGUGAAUCCCUUUUCCAAUGAGGUAAAAGGUGCAGCAUCUAUGAUGGAAGGCACCAGAAUUAAUCCUGGAAAUGGAGAUCACCCAGCUUCCAUAAUGCAUCCUCCUGCAAAACGUCAUAAAUUGACAGCAAGCACACAUCUACCUAUACUAGAAAGCCAUGGAACAGAAUCUGGAGUGACAAAAACUGCGAGUUUUACUGAUGGAAUUACUCGCAAGGAUUCGCUUGAAAGAACUGUUUCAGAACAUGGAGACCUUAACCAUAAAAACCUUGGGCUGGUCCGAGUGCAGCAUGGACAUGUUAUGAAGAAUGAUUUUCCUGCACCCCUUGCUACGAAGAUUUAUUAUUCACAAAGGACAAAUCGACUGCGUGCCGCAAUUCGUCAUCUUUACUUCCAGGACUUAAAUGAGGAAUUGUGCACUAAUGUUACGAGUCCAAAGGCAUCACAAAGAGAGAUGGUUGCAUUCCAGGAUUCAUGUCAGAAGGACCCUUCAUUUGAUCAAAUGGACAACAUGCUCAACAAGGAGAGCCCCUCGCCAACUUUGUGCUCAGCUCAAAAAUCUGAUCAUGUUCUUUCAAAAAGUUCAGAAGUUUGCGUGCUUAAAGCAGGAGGACUGCCAAGUGGUGGCUUGUCAAAUCAGUUUCUUCUUGAUAAUGUUUCAAGGUCUGCAGCUACUCAAGUUGGUUUGACAAGAAGCAACUUUCUUCCGAAGUCUUAUUCUUUUGCAAGCAACACUGGAAAUCCACUGGGAACAAUGCAGCAACCAAACGGGAGUGUUCCUGUUAUUUAGUAACCUUGGUGGGAUUUUUUUGGCUAGUUGAAAGUACAGGUAACCAAUACAUGAGGUUAGGAUUUAGCUCCUUUUUUGAAGCUGAUAAAGUAAAUUACUCAAAUUGUUUAUCCUGUCAUCUGCUUUGUAAAUGAAAACUCACUUCUGUUAUAUAA